AUGGCACCAUGGCUGCAACUGGCAGCGUUACCCUCCUCUCUCCUCGUUCUCAUAGCCAGCUUAACCCCUCCGGCAUCUUGCCAGCACCUGAACCUGCGAUGGCCAUACAAUCUCCCCGCAGACUCGAAAUACUACCCCGAAGAUGAGUUGAUGGUCAAGCGGGAUAUGGACGUGCAGCGGAAGCUACAAAGGAGCAUGCCGACCGCAGUGAGGAAAAUGAGUGGAGAUCCCGGAGAGAAGUUCUAUCUGGAAUACUGGGGGUUUGAGGAGCAAGACGAGGAGUUCAACAACUACUCGUCAGAUUGGACCAAUGCGACUUUCUUCACAUCCUUCGAACAGCCACUCCGACUCCACGGCAGUCAUCAGAGUCCUCGCCUCUUUCGGCGACUACUACCUGGCUGGCAUCUCUUUUCAGAGAGGGAUUUCCAGUGUCCCACAGGCACAUCAGCCUGCACCUCGAUCGAUCGACCCAACAGCUGUUGCGCAACUGGCUACACCUGCCAACUGGUCCAAGACACUGGAUUGGGAGACGUCGGAUGCUGUCCCGAUGGCCAAGUCUGCGGGAAUGCGCUCGCAACAUCGUACCUCGACCGCGACGAUUCUGACGAAUCCAACACCAUCAACGACGACUGUGACGAGUUAUACGACGGUAACACCUUCGCCCUCGACGCCCUCGACAACGACAGUCACCUCCACGACUACGACCACCCCAGCACCGACCCGGACUUCGAGUGUCACACCCCUGCCACCAGUCAUUUCCACCGUCACGCUCACAGUCACAGUGACCUCCGCCACGACCCUCCCACUCACGUGCUCCUCUGGAUACCAAUCCUGCCCGGCCUCACUGGGAGGCGGGUGCUGCCCAACGGAUCGCCAAUGCGGCUCUGCAAAUUGUCCUCCGCUGUCCACGUCAUCCUCGGCGACACCAGAACCACCCGUGCGUCCGACUUCUCUUACGACGACCGUCGAGACGACAACCACGACCACGACCCACUCCACGUCGCUAUCGUACCCGGUCACCGGGUGUCCCACUGGCUUCUACGCCUGCUCGGCCUACUACGUCGGCGGAUGCUGCCAGAUCGGCCGAAACUGCGACUCGACAUCCUGUCCCGCUCUGCCUUCCACGACGCUGGUCUCCGGGAGCACCCUGACCAUUGUCGCGCCGACAGGUCCGGGAAUCACUGCGCCGGGAACACUGGCAACGGGGAACUGUGCCAAGGGCUGGAUGACCUGCGCCCCAAGUGUGGGUGGAGGGUGUUGUCCCAGCGGCUAUGUCUGCGGCGCGACUAG